AUGUCGUGCAGAUAUUUCCACGAAUACUUUGAUAGAUAUCCACAAGCAUAUGCAAUCAAUUUGCAGUUCAAAAGUAGCGCAGUUAGUGAGGUGAUAGCGUUUGCAUUCUGUGGCAUGUGCUCUGCUAAAUAUUCCGGUGGAAGAUUAAUUUCCGAUGAUUUUAAGGAAUUCUGCGAAUUUCUUGCAUGCCUUAAUUUCAUCAAACCACUUAUGUACAUGGAGCUGUUAUGGAUGUUCGACGAGAGUUACUGCCGUAAAUUUCAAAAGCACUGUAAUUCGGAAAGUCCGCCUUGUGAAAGCAACACAAUUCUGUUUCUCCGACUGGCUAUAAAGUGGGGUUUUUCGAAACUUGAAGCUAUGUCUGUCGCAAGAAUCGUUGACGUAUUUCCCGACACUUAUGCGUUACAUCUGAACGCCGAGGAACAGCCAGACGUUGUUCGCGAACUAGUCAAGGAGCGCUACGACUAUGAGAUGUACAGCGAGCAGGAGCGCGUUCAGGACGAAUAUGCCCGCGUAAGUGAACCACAAAUGUCGGCGCUGGAGCGCAUUGAACUGUUGAAGGCUAAAUGCAAGCAAGUUUAUAAGUGGGUGGGCGCCGAUUCACCAAAUGUGCCGCCACGCACUCCUCCACGGAGCCCUUAG